GACCAAUCUGCUCACCCUCCAGUGACGAGGCUUGCACGACGCCUAGCCGGGGCAUUUUUGAAAACCUCUCAGUGACAGACCUCUCCACCUUGCCCAUCUCAGCAGCAGCCGACUGCCACUCGUGUCCCCUCCCCCAUUGCAGGCGUGCUCGAUCGCAACACAGCACAUCAAAUCAAGAUGAUUUCUAGGGCUUCGGGCGCUCGCAAGGCCGUCGCGGCCGUUUCCCGGCUUGCCACCCGCAAUGCCGUCCCGAUGAGGACCUUCAUGGCUCCGACCGUCUCGCGGAGAGCCGACUUCGUCCAGGAACUCUACCUCAAGGAGCUCAAGGCGUACAAGCCAACACCGAUCAAGGAGAGCGAUGCCGUCGGCCAGGUGGCCACCUUCAACCUGCCCAAGGCGCCCAAGUCGCCCGAGGAGGCCGACCUUGCCUCGAGCCUCAAGGAGUACGAAGAGAUGGCGGUUGAGGUUGAGGGACAGGAGGGCGCCGCCGCCGGCCAGCCGGCCCCCGCCGUCCAGGAUUGGCUCGUCGAGGAGGAGGAGGAGCCUCACCACUAAAUCAGGGAUAACCGGAUUCCUUCAGUUGUCCGAUUUGCGACAGGGGGCAGUAGAGAGGGGUUUUUUGGGGGGUUCUGGUGGUGACCCGUUGCUCGGCCGCC